AUGGCCGGCAACGCCAGUGCCGCGGGGCGGGGCUCCGCCGGCCACGCCCCCGGAGAGCCCCUGACCCGUGCUUGCCCCACCAGGUUGCCCACCAUGACGCUCUGGCUGCCGCUGGUGUGGCUGGUGGCCCGCGCCACCGCCACUGUCACCCUGGUAAGCGUGCCCACACCGGAGGCCUCUCCCAGCCUGCUGAAGCCGCUCAGACAGCACCCGACGACGCCGGUGCCCCCCCAUCCCGCCCCAGGCCCGCCGGGGGACGUGGGGGCACCCGUCCCGCCUGUGCCCACCCCCCGUGCCCACCCUGAGGAGCUGCCCGGCUUGGAUGUCCCCCUCGAGGCCACAGACCCCCCCAGCCCCGAGGAGCCUCAGGGAGCACCCGAGGAGCCGGGCACCACGGCCAACGGCAGCACGGCAGCGCCCGCACCCGGCGCCACCCAGGGCCCCCCCGGCACCCCGGGCACCAGCGCCCCGCCGUGCCCGGGGGACGAGGUGCCGGCGGAGGCCUGCGGGGCACCCACGGCAGAGCAGCGGGCGGCCGUGGCUGAGGCGCUGGGCACCUUCGCCCUCCGCUUCUACCAGCACAUGGCGGAGGCUGCCCAGCCCGACGCCAACCUGCUCUUCUCCCCAUCAAACGUGGCCAUGGGGCUCUCGCAUCUCCUGCUGGGUGCCCGUGGUGAGACCCGUGAGCGCCUGGGCACCAUCCUGGCGUACCCGCCAGACCUGGCCUGCGUGCACGGCGCCCUGCGGCAGCUUGCCGGUGCGCCCGGCCUCUUCUCCACCGCGCAGAUAUUCCACCACCCAGGGCUGCGCCUCCGGCCCCGCUUCCUCAACGAGUCCUGGCACUUCUACGGCGCCCGCCCGCGGGCCCUGAGCGGCAACGAGAGCCUGGACCUGCUGCACAUCAACGAGUGGGUGCGGGGGGCCAGCCGGGGACUCCUGCCCAGCCUCCUGCCCGCGCUGCCCCCCCAGCCCCAGCUGCUGCUGCUCAGCGCCGUCCACCUCCAGGCCGCCUGGCGCACGCCGCUGGAGGCCAAGCGGACGGUGCCGCUGCCCUUCCUGCGCCCCGGGCGCCCGCCCCGCCUGGUGCCCACCAUGACCAGCAAGAAGUACCCGGUGGCCUCCUUCACCGACCCCCGCCUGCGGGUCCAGGUGGGCGGCUGGGAGCUGAGUGGGGGGCUCAGCCUGGUGGUGCUGGUGCCGCAGGGGCCCCCGGGGGGCGCUGGGACCCUGGAGCGGGUGCUGGACCCCCCCACCUUCCUGGGGCUGCUGCGGCGGGCGGCCCGCACCCCCCCCCAGGCCACCGCCCUGGCCCUGCCCCGCCUGCGCCUCGACCUCGCCCUGGACGUGGUGGCCCUGGUCCACGACAUGGACUACGGGCUGUUCCUGGACGCGGAGCUGUGCGGGGCUGGCGCAGGGCCCGGCGGGGUGGCGGUGGACGCGGCGCGGCACCGGGCAGUGCUCACGCUGGACGAGGCUGGCGUGGAGGCGGCGGGCGCCAUGGCCACCUCGGUGGCCCGCACGGCCCUGCUGCUGGAGGCCCUGCGCCCCUUCCUCUUCGUCCUCUGGCACGACACCGGCGGUCCCCUCUUCAUGGGCCGCCUCAGCGACCCCCAGCCCUGA